AAUUUGAAAAGAGUCAGUUAAUCCAUGUUAAUUGUUAGUCUAAAAAGGUUUAAAUACGUAAGACAUUUAUAACAACAUUAUAAACGUUUUGCUAUUCUUUUGAAGAAGGAUUUUCCAUGGUGUACUGUUGUGGUGAUUUUAAUCUAAAUACCAUUUUCAACAGGUAUUUAUGUCAGAUAAGGUUAUCAGAAUUAGAACAUGAAGAUAAGUCUUGAAGCUAGGCGAACACCCUGAGAUAACCAGCAGGGCAUAGGCCGUAAUGGACGGAAAAGUUCUGUGUUUUUGCUUGGUUAAGCACGUGAGCUGGUGGGUGGUGUAUGUACGAUCCAGUAUCUAGGUACUGUGACCUUGUUUUAAUCCAAUGACUUCUUAAGGGAAAAUUGGGUCAUUGUAAACAAACUAAACAUACCAAUACACAAUAAAUUGUUUCACACACCUGAUAUUGGGGUUUAGAUCAAAUUUGGACUGUCAUGGUAUAAAAGUGAAAUAUUGAAGUACAUUGGAUCGAAAGAUAUGAGAACUAGAUAAACAGACGAAACACACUUUUACUGCGUGCAUUUACUAUUUAAACAUUCAACAUCAGCGAUCUAGUUUUUUUAGUGCUUGUGGAACGCGUUUUUGUGCCAAUUUAUAACAUAUUAUCGGAAACAAUUAUCAAAUAUUGUGGAAAUAUUUUUUAAAUAAAAAUCCGACUAUCACGCGUAAACAGAAAACAUUAAUAGACAUAUAUGAAUGGUAAUAUUACACGCUCUUUUCACAUCGCCUUGAACAUGAGCGGACUAUAAAGUGUUAGAUGUUACCCCAAAAGGCAGAAACCGUGAGCGAAACUUGUGAAAGUGGAUCAAGAGUGCGACGUAUAAGUUACAGCUUGAAGGAGAAAGUCAGCAUUAAAUGUGAACUUCCGUGUUCGGAUAUAUUUAAUUCCAUGUAAAAACACUUAGUACAGGAAUAUUAACUACAUUAGGCUCUAUCAUGGACAGAGCGCGUCUUGCUGUGGCUGCGGUGGUUGUCGGGCUGGCCCUCUGGUGGUCGGGGCAAGGGGGAGUUGCCGCCAUAUGGCUGCUGGGGUCGCUCGGAGCGCUGGCCUUAUACCCACACAAAAUCGUGAGAGUAGAUCCUUCCGGAAAGGCAGUUUUCAUCACCGGCUGCGACAGUGGUUUUGGGAACAGUCUUGCCCGACGGUUGUUCGCGCGCGGCUACCUGGUUUUUGCAGGCUGCCUUAACCCUGAGUGCACGGGCGCCCAGAAGCUCAAGGCCGACUGCACCGGGAAACUUCACGUGUUGUCCGUUGACGUCACGGACGAAUGGCAGGUGCGUGGGGCCGUCAAGUACGUCAAGGAAAAUAUCGGUGAUCAUGGUUUGUGGGCAGUCGUGAACAACGCUGGGGUGGCCAUUUUCACGGAGAUCGAGUGGUGUUCCGUUUUGCAGUUCCAACGUAUCCUGGACGUUAACGUACUGGGGGUCGUGCGCGUUACUAAGGCGUUUCUACCGCUUAUAAGGACCGCGCAGGGGCGCGUUGUAAAUGUCGCCAGUCUUGCAGGUCGCUACACAUUCCCUGCGUUUGCCGCAUACUCCAUGUCAAAGCGCGCCUGCAUUGCGUUCUCGGACGCUCUCCGAUUAGAAAUGAAGAAAUUUCAUGUGAAGGUUGUGACAAUAGAACCCACUCUUUACAAAACACCGAUCUCGGAGAAGAACGUACUCGAACAACAAAACCGGAAGUCGUGGAGCGAGACGCCGCCGGAAAUCAAGGAAGCGUACGGCGACGAAUAUUUUGACGCAUUUAUCCACAACAUUGACAAUCAAAUGAAACGUGCCAUUCCAAAUACGACAUACGUCAUAGAUCUCAUGGAGAAUGCCGUCACUGACGUCAAUCCACAAGCACGUUACGUAGCUGCGACACCGGCCGGCAAAAUCCGUGCCGCCAUCCUCUCAUUCUUGCCACAGACGAUAACCGAUAUAAUCUUCGAGAAGACGACACCUAAAUGUCUUCCGCGGCAGAGUACUAGCAGUAGCGUUAGCAGUGCGUCAGAUAAUGACGUCAAUUCAAAUUAAUGACAAUGGUUACAAUAAAAUAAACAGCCAUUAAAAGGCACUGCCGAUAUACACCAAUUCAUUUCAUGUGAGGGUUUUAGACCAAAUCAAUAUGUCUCCCGUACGUCAAAACGCCAUAGAGUCAUCUGCAUGAACAACUUCAAGAGUGCAGUUGACUUCAAGCAUCAUGAACCAUUCUAACAAGGAUUUAAUAAUCGUAACAAUUUACCUACACACUUAUAUAUCAAUAUAUUAGGUUAGCAGUGCAUAUUUUCGAUUUUGUGAAUACAAACGAUGCGGUUAGUGAAGAUUUGUUAUAUUUUCAUGGUCAAUGAACACUUCUCAUGUGUAGAAAGGUAGACAGCCAAUUAUGAAAGGUGAAAGACAUAUUCAUAUACAUGACACAAAAUAGUGUUUGUCAAGUUCAUAUUUCUUAGGUUUUGUUGUUUUUAUAAAUAUAUCUGACUUUUUUUAC